AUGACGGCACUUCGUCUUGUGCGGUGUAAACGAGCUGCCAGCGCCCCCACCCUACCAGCCAGGAACAGCGGCGACGUCGUCCCCUUCAUCGCGCUCGAAGAGCACUGGCUCUCGACCGACGAAACGGAGCUGCAGGGCCUCCGGGACCGCGUGCCGCGCCUCGUCGAGGUCGGCCCGGAACGCACCGCGGCCAUGGUCGAGGGCAACGUGGCCGUCCAGGUGGUGUCGCACGCCGCCACCUCGCAGAGCGCCAUGCGCAUGGCGCCCGAGGUCCGCGCCGCCAACGACAAUUAUGCUUGGAUAGAGACGAACCUGCUGUUGGGAAGACAAUUAUUUUUGGUCGGCCAUCAAAAGUACCUGCUUCAGGAGGAAGCCCCCGUCGCCUGCGUCUGUGGCGCCUGCGGCAGAGUCGAUCAAAGGAGGGGCAUCCACGGCAUCGUGUCCACGGGCAUGCCCGAACGAGGAUGGUGCGCGUCGCCUGCAUGGAGGGACCGACGGUCACGAGGUGCCAUCUGGCCGGGCGGCUGA